AUGCAAAAAAAAAAAAAAAUCAGGUUCAUUAUUAGUAUUAUUAAUAUUAUUAACCUCUCCGAGUAAUUUAUUUACAGAUUAUUAUUAUUAUUUAAUAAAAUGAUAAAGUACACGAAGAAGCGUGCCGCGCAGCCGUACUGUGAAUCCUCCUCAGGUGAAGUGUAGCACUUAGCACCUAGGACAAAAUACAUCUAAGAGCUUUGUCCUUUAAUGACCACAUAAAUCUGGACAUGGAAGCAAAAAGGGACAAAGAGCAUGAAACAGAGUGUGCGAAGAUCACCAAUGGGCUCCUGAAAUCCCGGACUGGAGAAUUUGAUUUGGAGUCCAUUUUAUUUCUCAAACUAAGGAGCCUAGGAAUAUAUGAUCUCGGAUGCAUUGGAGAAUGUAUAAACCUGGAAAGGCUGGACCUCUCUGGGAAUAAUAUUACAAAUCUCACACCUCUGGCAUCUCUCCGACUUCUGCUUGUGCUUAAUCUGUCUGCUAACAGGAUUUCCAACAUAGAACCCAUCUCUAGUUGUGAAAGUCUACAGAGUCUGAAUUUGGCCGGCAAUAUUAUAUCCAGCAUCGAUAGCCUCCAGGCUUUGAAACCUUUACGGAAGUUGGAGAGUAUAAGGCUGAAGGAUAACACCUACAACUACACUAAUCCAGUUUGCAAGAACCCGUCUUAUAGAAACACGGUGCUUGAACUGUUCCCGAACAUCAAGGUUUUUGAUGGGGAACGUGUGGUCGGGCGUGGAAGUGAUCUGUACCAGCUAUGUAAAGACAUCGAUGACACAAUAAAAGCAUGCAAUACCAAAUGUGUAAACAUUUUUGAUACGGAAAAAGGACAAGAGGUCUACAAGUGGAACUUCCACGCCUGCAUGUAUAAAAAUGGCCAGUUGCCAGAAGUGCCAGACUGUAAGCCAUGGGUAGAGGAUGGAUUUUGGGAGAUAAAGAGAUCAAAUAACGCCAUUGUUGAGGAAGCCUACAAACAAUUUAAUGAUGUUAUUCACGAAUGCAGACUGCUAAACAGGAGAGCCGCUCAUGCCAUCUCACAAACUGAGAGGACACUAGGCCUCAAAAACCCACCAAAGCAGUAUUCUGUUUGAAAGAAGCGCACAUUGUCAAAUAUUAUUAUUAUUUUCCCAAAUGUUUUACCGCUCACCUUUUUCUAUUUGUUGUUUAAAAGAUCCACCUGCUUGACACAUCACCGGUGCCAGAACUCCUGGACAGUCCUUAGUGCUUAGAGAGGCAGGCUUUACUGUAACUCCGUUGCUGACCUCAUGCUGAUAGACUCAGGAUGUUCGAAGUGAGAUUGUCACACAGCUGUAUAGAGUAUGUUGUUGCUUUCAAUAGUUUGAUCUUUCAGACAGAAAAGUGUGUUGUGAUGCAGUUAUACUUGUAUUUAUUGACUCUCCUUGUUUUUUCCUAUGAUACACUUCUUCUUUUGAUCUACUUUAAGCAUUGUUCACUUUGUACAUUUUGUCUGCAUUUUUCUGACUCUGAACAUGG